ACAUGGGUAGGCAAAAGCCAAAAACAAUGUGGUGGCGUAGAGAAGGUGACAAAAUGUGGAAUGCUGAUUCCAACAAAUCCAGCGUGGCAAUCGAGGCGAUGUCUACCUUACAAUGUUUCAUUUAAGUAUUUUCCUUGUUCGCCUCAAAUUCGUUACGUCGUAGGGCCUCUCCAUUAUUCCUACAAAAACCUCCCUCAUCCCUUUCGCUCGCACGCACACGCACACGCACAUCCCCUCUUAUCAGGACUACUAAUCAGAAGAAACUGACAAGCGAGAAAUGCCUGGGAUUAAAGGACCCUCCGAUUAUUCCCUUGAACCUCCGCGCCAUCCUCGCCUUAAAAUCAAUGCCAAGGAACCCUUUAAUGCUGAGCCGACUCGUUCAGAUCUGAUUACAUCUUAUGUCACUCCCGUUGAGUUCUUUUACAAGAGAAACCAUGGACCUAUACCUGUGGUGGAUGACAUUGAGAGGUAUUCCGUUUCUCUGUGUGGUCUUAUAAACAAUUCCAAGGAGUUGUUUAUGAAGGAUAUUUGGAAGCUUCCAAAAUAUACUGUUACUGCCACUUUACAGUGUGCCGGUAACAGAAGAACUGCUAUGAGCAAGAGUCGAACUGUGAAAGGAGUCGGAUGGGAUAUUGCUGCUAUAGGAAAUGCUGUUUGGGGUGGAGCGAAACUAGCAGAUGUUCUUGAAUUAGUUGGAAUACCUUAUUUGACUAGUAUCUCACAAUCUGGAGGAAAACAUGUUGAAUUUGUGAGCAUUGACAAGUGUAAGGAGGAAAAUGGAGGUCCUUAUAAGGCAUCAAUUCCAUUGAGUCAGGCUACAAACCCUGAAGCUGAUGUUCUGCUGGCUUAUGAGAUGAAUGGCGAGCCGCUUAAUAGGGAUCAUGGCUAUCCACUGCGUGUGGUUGUCCCAGGUGUAAUCGGUGCCCGUUCAGUUAAGUGGCUUGAAUCCAUCAAUAUCAUUGCCGACGAAUGCCAGGGAUUCUUUAUGCAAAAAGACUACAAGAUGUUUCCACCAACAGUGAACUGGGAUAACAUCAACUGGUCAACUAGGAGAUCUCAGAUGGACUUUCCUGUUCAGAGCGCAAUAUGUUCCCUGGAGGAUGUGAGUGUUGUAAAGCAUGGAAAGAUAACUAUCAAGGGAUAUGCAGUAUCAGGAGGUGGGCGUGGCAUAGAAAGAGUAGACUUGUCUGUUGAUGGUGGUAAAACUUGGGUGGAAGCCAACAGAUACCAGAAAACUGGCAUUCCAUAUAUUGCUGAUGAUUCAAGUAGUGACAGAUGGGCAUGGGUCUUUUUUGAAGCUGAGGCAAAUAUUCCACAGAGAGCGGAGAUAGUUGCUAAAGCGGUGGAUAUAUCUGCAAAUGUCCAACCUGAAAGUAUAGAUUCUAUUUGGAAUCUGAGAGGAAUCCUGAAUACCUCAUGGCACCGGGUUCAAGUCCGAGUUGGUCAAGCAAAUCUUUAGGCUGUGUUUCUCGUGUUGGUUGGAAGAACGCAUUCAUCAGCAUCACAUGCAAUGGCUGUAUCUCUUCGUUGCUUAAACUGAAAAUAGCAUGUUUUCUUGAUGUGGUCUCAAAUACUGAUGGAGAAUGGUAAUAAUCUGGAACUGGUUGCAGCUUGAAAAUCAGUUGUCUUGUUCUUUCCCCAGUAUAUACGUGUUUUUCUUUUUUGAUGCUGUGGAGUUUGAUCAGGACAGGCUCCUAAAUAUUUGUCUGUAUUAUGUGUUUUGGGAUGACAGAACUACUUUGUUGGAAA